UUCGAGUUGGUAUAUAAAGAGUGGUAUUAAAGGAAUAUUCUAAUGAUACAAGAUCCAUCGAACACUCAACAUUUCUCAAAAUGAAGAUUGUAUUCGCUUUCUUGUUUUUGGUUGCAGUUGCCAUCGCACUUCCCAUUGAAGAUGAAUCGGAAUCCCAGCUGGCAAAUGAGAACGAAUUCUUGAAUUUGGAACCUGUCGAACAACAUCAUCGCGAACGUAGAGCCACUUGUAGACUUCCAUGGGGUGCCCGUACCGCUUGCAAUGCUCAUUGCAGAUCUAAAAAAUACAAAAGAGGAUAUUGCAAUAGCAACAGAAUUUGCGUUUGCACCAAUAAGUAGAAGAUUGAUUAAUGAUGCCUGAUUGAUUUUUGAUUCUGAUAACAGCGUAAUUUUCCUAAGAAGAGAUUAGAUUGCAAUUUUAAUCGACAUGUGUCAUGUCUGACUUAUCCAUUUUGAAAUUUUAACGUUAUAUAAAAUGUAUGUGUUGCAAAAUUACUUGUAAUAAAUAUUUUUCUGAAUAAAAUAAGAUUAACGCAAUA